AGCAGCAGGCUGUUGCAAAGCUAGUCUCGUGUUGUUUACAGCUAACGUUAACUAUGUAAGCUUUCUUUUUUUACUUUGUGUUGUUGUACUGUAUUUUGACAGAGCUAGAUUGCGGGGAAGACAUUAAAACGGACUCUUCUCUCAAUGUCUAUCAGUAACGCUGCAGCGACGAUGAAAAAGGGCGUACCUGCGCAGAAGGCAGCUUUACCUGGUGCAAAGCCAACCAAAGCUGCAGCUAAGAAAAAGGAUGAGGAAGAGGGAGCUGUGGAUAACGGUGAUGGGAUAACGGACGACUGGUCUCAUGGGAAAGGACUCAUUAAGCCCCCAGAUCAACUGGAGCUCACUGAGACUGAGCUGAAUGAGGAAAUCACAAGGAUCCUGACUACAAACAACCCACACGCUCCACAAAAUAUUGUCCACUACAGCUUCAAGGAACGUGCCUACAAGCCCAUCGGUGUUGUGGAUCAGAUGGCUGUUCUCUUCGUGUUGGAGGGCAGCCUCGUGCAUCAAGAUUCUGAUGAGGCUCGUAGACUGAGGGCCAAGGGGGAUCUCCCCAAGGAGACUGCAACGGUCGACACUGGAACAGAACCCGAUGAGGAGAAACCGGACACCCUGGGCACACUUGUAGAAGUGGAUGAAGCGGGAGAAGAGGACAGACCAGACAGUGCUGCCUCCAAAGCAGACAUGGAGCCAAAAGCUACUAACCAGUUCAACUUCAGUGAGAGGGCCUCCCAGACCCUCAAUAACCCACUGAGGGAAAGAAGCUGCCAGACUGAACCUCCUCCACGCAGCAUCUUUGCUGCCACUGCUAAUCAGUGGGAGAUCUACGAUGCCUAUGUGGAGGAGCUGCAGAAACAAGAAAAAAAUAAAGAAAAGCAGAAAGCUGCGGCUUCAAAGAAGGAUACUGACAAAAGCAAGAAGAAACCGAUGCUGAUGGAAACUCAGAGCGAUGACAUCACCAAAGUGAAAAAGUCGGCUAAGAUCUUGGAACGAAUGGUCCAUCAGAAUAUUUUUGAUGACAUAGCACAAGAUUUCAAAUACUUUGAGGACGCAUCUGAUGCGUUCAGGGGCCAGGAGGGCACUCUUCUCCCCUUGUGGAAGUUUCAAUAUGACAAAGCCAAAGGACUGUCUGUCACUGCCCUCUGCUGGAAUAAGAAAUAUCAGGACCUUUUUGCCGUGGGAAUGGGAUCGUACGACUUCAGUAAGCAGGGGCGUGGGAUGCUUGUGCACUACUCAUUGAAGAGCUCUACCUUCCCGGAGUACAUCUACCCCACAGACUCUGGCGUCCUGUGCCUCGACAUCCACGAGCAGUAUCCCCACCUGGUGGCGGUAGGCUUCUAUGACGGCUGUGUGGCUGUCUACAGCUUGAAAGAGAAGGGAUUGGAGCCUGUGUAUAAGAGUACAGCUAAGACUGGCAAGCACACGGACCCAGUCUGGCAGGUGCGCUGGCAGAAAGACGACAUGGACAAUAACCACAAUUUCUAUUCCGUGUCAUCUGAUGGCCGAGUUGUGUCCUGGACACUCGUCAAGAAUGAGCUGGUCUUCACAGACAUUAUCAGACUAAAUGGAGCCGUCUCUGAGGGGCCAGGAGGUGCACAGCAGCCUGGCAUCGCCUGCGGUACAGCGUUUGACUUCCACAAACAGAUCGACUAUCUCUACCUUGUUGGCACCGAGGAGGGUAAAAUACACAAGUGCUCCAAAACGUACUCAAGCCAGUUCCUGGAGACGUAUGAUGCCCACAGCACGGCAGUGGAGGCAAUAAGGUGGAACCACUUCCACCCAAAGGUUUUCAUCUCUUGCAGUUCAGACUGGACCGUCAAGAUCUGGGACCAUACCAUCAACACUCCAAUGUUCACAUUUGAUCUGAAUGCAGCUGUUGGUGACGUUGCCUGGGCUCCAUACUCCUCCACUGUAUUCGCUGCCGUCACAACAGAUGGAACGGUUCAUGUCUUUGACCUCAGCGUCAACAAAUAUGAGGCCAUCUGCCAGCAGUCGGUGGUGGCCAAAAAGACCAAGCUGACUCACAUUGAGUUUAAUCCCAUCCAUCCUAUCAUCACUGUGGGUGAUGACCGAGGCUAUGUCAGCAGCCUCAAACUCUCCCCCAACCUCCGCAAGAAACCCAAGGUCAAGAAGGGUCAGGUGCAGCCGAAGGGUCCAGAAGUGGAAGUAGCCAAGAUGGAGGAGCUCCUCAGUCUGCUAAGGGAACCAGAGCACCGCACAGCUUAAUUCGGCCGCUGAGGUCACUUUUAGAUGAGCACUUAACACACUGUUCUGUUCAGCAUGAAUGUGUUCAUCUCGUCUGUUCUGUUCUCAUUCGUUGUUGCCCACAAAUCGCAAGUGGCAGUGUCAAUAUAAAAGCAGCAUUGCGCAAUAUUUUGUAACUGUCUAUUAAUCCCAAUUAUCUCCCAGAAGAUACCGCCGAUCACAGCGUUUACAUCUGCAUUCAUGUUGAAUGCAGAUGUAAACGCGGCCGCUGAGGCUCCCCAACACAGUAACAUGAUACAAUCUUUUAUUCUUGAUCAUUAAAAAAAAAAAAACAUGUCUUUUGAACAGUGUGUGCAACAGUAAACACCAUCAACAUAACAACGAAAAUAUUUCUAUAUCUUUAUUAAAAAUGCUUUUUGUUUGAUCUCUCUUAAGCUGUUAAUAAAUGAUUCCGUUUCA